AUGGUUCAUAAAGCUGACUUGGUAAUUAUCGGCAUCUCUGUUGGUGUGGCUGUUGGCAUUGUUAUCGCAUGUCUUGUGUUUUUCGGAGUCCGAUGGUACAAAAAGCGUGGUCAUCUUCAGCGGUGUGGCAAUGAGCGCUCUAUAGCAAUUCUUCCCAUCCGCACAAAUGGCUUAGGUACAAGUGUUGACGUAAGUGCAUGUCUCUCGAAUUCUGUGGCUGUUAAGGGAGCAGAUGAUUCUGUGAAAAACUCUCAGCACUCUUGGUGGAGUUCCCGGAGUAAGGACCGGCUUGCUUCAGCUUCCGGCAUACCAAGAUACUUGUACAAGGACAUCCAGAGAUCCACUCAGAACUUCACAACUAUUUUGGGACAAGGAUCUUUUGGUCCAGUUUAUAAAGCUAUAAUGCCUGCGGGUGAAGUAGUUGCCGUUAAGGUUCUUGCUUCUAAUUCAAAACAAGGAGAGAAGGAGUUCCAUACAGAGGUAUCUCUCCUAGGAAGGCUGCAUCACCGAAAUUUGGUGAACUUGGUUGGAUAUUGUGUAGAUAAAGGCCAACGCAUGUUAAUUUAUCAGUUCAUGAGUAAUGGAAGCUUGGCGAACCUUCUAUAUAACGUCGGUGAAGAGGAGAGAGCUUUGAGUUGGGAAGAAAGGCUCCAAAUUGCACUCGAUAUAUCACAUGGAAUUGAAUAUCUUCAUGAUGGGCAGUCCCACCUGUCAUACAUCGUGAUUUGA